ACGAAAGUGGAAGUAGGACUUAAGAGUACUUAAGACUCAAGACGAAACUUCUAGUCUAAUAGUAAAUAAUGUCGUCUGAGUUAACACUUGAAAAUUUGAAGUUAGAGCUUCAGAAGAAAGAAGAAGAAAUAAAUCGUUUAAAAAAGCUAAUAAGCAAUGAUAUAUCAGAAAAGAAGUUAACUUCUGUCACAGAACCAGGAGAACCAUUCGGUUGUGAAGAAAACAUCUCUAAACUUUCAAAAGAAGAUGUGGCUAGAUACAGCCGGCAACUUAUUUUACCUGAACUUGGUGUCAAAGGUCAGUUAAAACUCAGAAACUCAUCAGCCCUCAUUGUUGGUGCUGGGGGUCUUGGUUGUCCAGCUGCUGUUUACCUUGCUGCUGCUGGGAUAGGGCGUUUGGGUGUAGUGGACUAUGACGAAGUUGACCUCAGCAAUCUACACCGGCAGAUUCUCCACACCACACAUCGUAUUGGGCUGUCAAAGUCCCUGUCUGUUUCACAGGCAUGUCACAGCAUUAACCCAAAUGUAGAGUACAUCCCUUAUCAACUACAACUAGACAGCAGUAAUGCACUGGAGAUAAUCAAGAGGUAUGAUGUCGUCCUAGAUGCCACUGACAAUGUUGCAACUCGUUAUCUCCUUAACGAUGCCUGUGUAUUAGCUGGCAAGCCUCUUAUCUCUGGAAGUGCCCUUAGGUUUGAGGGUCAGUUGACUGUAUACAACCAUGAAGGUGGCCCAUGUUACAGGUGUCUCUUCCCCCAGCCCCCGCCCCCUGAGACAGUCACCAACUGCUCAGAGGGGGGAGUCAUUGGAGUGGUUCCUGGAAUAAUUGGCUCUAUACAAGCCUUAGAAGCCAUCAAAAUUUUAUCUGGCAUCGGAACUUCUUUUAAGCAGCGUCUGUUACUAUUUGACGCACUGGACGGUACUUUUCGAUCUGUAAAACUGCGGCCGAGAUCCAAAGACUGUUCUGUCUGUGGGGACAACCCAACCAUCCACCAGCUGAUUGAUUAUGAGCAGUUCUGUGGGGCCAAGGCUUCGGAUAAGGAUCAUGAGCUACAUGUUUUAGACGAUAGCCUCAGGAUUAGUGCAAAGGAAUAUUCAGCCAUGUUGGAAAAAAGUGUCCCACAUCUUCUGCUGGAUGUAAGGCCAAGUGUUGAGCUGGACAUUUGUCAGUUGCCCCAUCCAGCCAUUAACAUUCCUUUUACAAAUUUGAUGAAAAACAUCCCAGAGGCUGUUGAGCAAAUAGAGAAAGAAUUUGAGCGAUUGGUCCCUGAGCAUUUACCUAACACCCACCUGAAUCCUACAAACACCCAACCUCACAUUGUGUGUGUUUGUCGCAGAGGAAAUGAUUCCCAGCUAGCUGUUGAAAGCCUCAAGAGUGUGUUGGCAGAAAAGUCUGUAACUGUGGUGGACAUUCGAGGGGGACUUCACAGCUGGGGCAGACAUGUGGAUACAGAUUUCCCUAUCUAUUAACUUUGAUGCAAUUUGCCUGGUGCCAGGUUCAAACUACUUGCGCUGCUUUACUAAGCUGAAUUCACAUUAGGUUAACUAGGUAAGUGAAGCCUAAAAACAGGGACCUGUUCUUUAAGGAUUAUUGGGAGGUUUAAACCUACCAGAACAAACAUGUGAAAAAAAAUUCUAUGUGCCUACUUUUUAAAUUAAAUUGGUUGUUUUAAACUGGGUUAUAAUUCUCUGUUUGGUUCAUUUUGUGAACAACUAGACAAGAGAAGGGGCUUGAUGCUGGCAUUAAUAAUAACAUGCAGGUAAUUAUGCUGUUUCAAUGGCUAUGAUAAUUCUGGCUAAUUUUUUGUU